CCGAGACAACGCAGUUUACCUUGUUGCGUGCUUCUGUUUUUCAUCUUCUUCUUGUUUGUCUUUUUUGUUUUUCUUCGGUGUUGAAAGUGAGAGAGUGUGUUUGGUUGUAAGAGGAGUGUGAUGUUUGUUAGUCGGUAAUGUGAACGGUAGUGUAGGAGAAUCUGAUUUCCGGUCGUAAGGAGGUGGAAGAUCGAUCGUGUCUUGUGAGAAUGUCGGUAGGAAUAGCGGAUUGAGGAUGUUGUAGAUUUUGAGUGUGAGUCGCUGCGAUCGCUUGGUUUUGAGCGGAACGCCUGAUGCUUCACUGAGGUCAAUUGUGAGUAGCUACGGGUGCGAGUAUGCGGUACGCGUUGCAGUGUGGUAAUUUCCUCGGCGACGCCAUCUAAUUUUGGCAACUUGUGUAGGAGAGAAUUGUCGAGCGUACUAUUCUAAUGCUUCCACACUGAGAUACACCAAUGGCUAGGAAAAUUCAGGCGACUUUAGUAUGUAUGAAUCAUCUAGAUAGGUGGAGCUGGACAUGACCUUGUUCCCUAAACCGAUCUCGGACUUUAAAACAUACGAAAUCUUCCCUCGGGACAAUCAGAGAUAUAUGAAUAGACUUGGAAGUGAUAUCUCUUCAGAAACCUCUCAUUCCAGAGGCAAAUGACGAACCAUCUACUUCACAAUAAUAUUCGUGCUUGAAAGGAUCUGAAGAUACUGUUAUGUUAUCUUGGGCUGCGUUCACAACUCAUGGUCUAAACUGUCCAAGGCUUCCAUACUGUCAAUGUAUGGAGAGCUGAGCUUCACUCGCUUACAGGCGUCGUAGGGAUGUCUCUGCACGCUACUUGUUUUACUCGGAACAACCGCAUUGAUAACAGGCAGUAAUUGAAGCAAAGAUGACGUGAUUUCGAAGAUCAGAUUUAUUGAGGAAGGGACUACAUCAGAAGCUUGUGAACUCUAUUCAGUUGAAAUAAUAAUUCGGCAUCACCGCAUCUGCGGCAGCAUUAAUAUUUUCUCCCAGGAAAAGGCUAGCCCUGUGCUGGCCAUAACCAUUGUGGUUGUACAUUCCUCACUUCCUCCUGGUUCUGAGUUAUCCAAACAUGGGAGUUAAGUCCUCGAAGGCAUCUGAUCAGGAGCAGGUGACGAACGAACACGAUGACCAUCGAAAUGCGUCACCAUCUCUGCAUGCAUGGCGUUCUUUUCAGGGUAAUCGAAAUGGAACGGAGUCGGCAAGGGGAAGAAAUCACCAGGUGACUAAGGCCGACCGUACAAAACAAGAGGGGUCUUUUCUAAAAUUUGGUAGGAGGCCACCUGAGUUGUCACGUAGUGGAGACAAUCGAGCUAACGGAUGUGAGAGGAACAGCGAAGAGAAGAGAAAGCUUGCAAGAGUGCUUUCUGAUGAACCGACCUCUGUUAGAUCGAAAACAGCCACUGUUGCGAAGAGAGGGGCCUUGAAAGUCUCAGAAGUUAUUAGAGUAGCAGGCUCCAUGGGUCUUGGAGCAUUGGAUAUAUUUGGCACUUCAGUUGCUAAUCUCGGUGUCAAAGAGGGGUUUGGAGCUGGGGCAAUUUCGAAAGGAACUAAAAUUGGCAUCUUGGGUUUCGAGGUUGCAAAUACGAUAGUAAAAGGAUGCAGUUUGAAACAAUCUUUGGCCCCGGAGGAGAUAAAAAUUUUGAAGGAGGAAAUUUUCCCCUCAGAAGGUGUUCAACGUUUAGUCAGCUCCAAUAAGGAUGUGCUCAUAGCGAUUGCGGCAGCUGAUAAGAGGAAUGAGCUUAAAAUAUAUACUGAUGAAGUUGUAAGGUUUGGCAAUCAUUGUAAAGAUCCGCGAUGGCAUUGUUAUAAUCGAGUCUUUGACCGUCUGGUUAAAGAGACGGAGAUUCCAAGAGUUGAGCAUGACGAGGCGGAUCAAAUCAUGGAAAAUUUGAUGAAUCUUUCUCAGAACACUGCAGAUCUAUAUCACGAGCUUCAUGCGCUUGAUCGAUUCCGAACAGACUUGAAACGUAAGCAACAAGAAGAGGAGUCUGCUGGUGCUGCCUCUCAUGGGGGAGAGUCUGUCGCUCUUGUGAGAAAUGAAGUCAAAAAUCAGAAGAAACAAGUAGAGGGACUGAAAAGAAGUUCUCUAUGGUCUAGGACUCUUGAAGAGGUCAUGGAGCAGCUAGUAGAUAUUGCAAAUUAUCUGUACCAAGAGAUUUACGCAAUCUUCGGGCCUAACGCAUUUCUUGAGGCGCCUGAGGAAGAGGCAAAAAGGAAUGCUGGAAAGCUGGGAUCAUCGGGCUUGGCCCUCCAUUAUGCUAAUAUCAUCAAUCAAAUUGACAACCUGGUAUUAAGGCCUGGCUCAGUGCCCCCAAACACAAGAGACAAUCUUUAUCAAGGAUUACCUCCGACCGUGAAAAGUGGUUUAAGAAAUCGACUGCAGUAUACUCAUAAUAGGAAUGAACUGAGCGUCGAUGAAAUUAAAAGUGAAUUAUUUAAACUUUUGGGCUGGCUAGUUCCAGUAGCUUCUAACACCACAAAGAAGCACCAUGGCUUUGGAUGGGUCGGAGAGUGGGCGAAUGCAGGGACGCCAGCAGAUCGGAAAGCUAUGGGCUACGUGGAGAUAACUCUUAUACAAACGCUACACCAUGCGGACCAGCAGAAAGUAGAAAACUACAUGCUUGAGCUUGUAGUGGGGCUACACCACUUAGUUAGCCAGGCAAGAAACAGCAAGAAUCUUGGUAGUGGAGACCGGUCACCACAAACCUCACCCGCCAGGACACACGUCAAGACAACCAUGCAGGAGCAGUUCAUACUCUCAGAUCGGAGCGUUUCCCCACCUCCUUAUGGAAUGUUUUCCUCACCUGAGUUUACACAAGGUCUUAUCUAUUCUACGCCUGCUGGUGUUAUUAGACCGGAACUUUCGCAGGAGGACAAAGAUGUGUUGCGUGACGUGGAUAGUGGAAUCUCAAAAAAGAAAAUUAUAUCAGGGCUCAGCAGGUCACAAGAAUUCGACAACAGUAGGGUUUCUUCAAAUAUUGCGUUUCUGAAAUUGAAUAAAAGCAGUAGCCAUUCCGUGAGCAGUACAAAUGAGCUUGAAGCACCUCUCAACAGACGCGGGAACCGCAUCAAACCCCUUGGCCACGACAUGCUCAGGUUGGAUGAGAAAAAGACAGAUGACCUCGAUAAUCUCCAGUCUCAACAUCCCUUACAGUUCUGAAAAUGUGUUUCCUCUGAAGUGAGCACUUGCCUCAUCUCAUCAUUGGCUGGUUGGGAUUCUAUCUUCGCUUGUAUCAGGUGCUGUGGUUUGAUGGCCCAUCUAGGUACCUUCCUUUACUAGUAUGGAUUAGGAUGAGAUUAUCCGGUCAUGAUGUAGAAAUAAAAAGGUAUGUUAGUUUGUAUUUCAGAUCUUUUUUUCUUUUUUACUUUUUUUCCCCCCUCCCCCCAAGGGGUUAUACUGUAUAUUCAAUGUAAUGGCAGUCAUUGUCAUCUUCGUGGGUUCAUUGUUAGAGAGAGAUACCCUAUCCCACUUUU